CCGCUACCGAUUAUCGUGCUCUGUCGAGUGUCGCUGUGACGAGUUGUGUUUUAUAGUUUUUCUAAUUUUUAAACCUUCCAAAAGAGUAAUAAAGGUAAUGGAAACAUAAUUUGAUUAAAAUGCAGUCCGUAGUGGCUUAUGUACGAAGUUUACUUGGUUGGUGCGAAGAUGAUCCUACUAUCAGGACAAGCUUCAAAAGAGACAGGACCGACGACGAUUUCUGUUUGGGCAAUGAUACACCUACUCUGAAACGGCUAAAAACUAUGAGGAAAACAUCUUUUCCUGACAUUAUGGACUCCAAAGACAUGUGGGAGGAAAGAAAGCAAAACAAUAAUUUUCGAUACGUUCCGAUACGGUUAGAAACUGGACAUCCUAGCACUUCCACACCGAAAGAAAGUACACAAAAUAUAGGUAGUAGAGUACGAGCAGUUCCAAUCAAAUUGGUAGAUGUAUCAAGUAAUGGACCAACAACUUCGCAGAGGAAAUCUGGAAUGCAAACACAAGCUAGACCUGUCAUACGAGCUAUUAUUAAGGAUGAUGAUGAUGACGAGAAUGAACAAGAGGUAACCUGGAUAGAAACAAAACCAAACAAUAAGACACCUAAUGUCUACAUAAACCUAGAUGAUGAUGAUGAUGAAAAUAAUGAUCAACAGGAAGAUGAUGUUAUAUUUGUCAAGAAAGUCACAACACCUCCUUCAGUUAAACCAUAUAAGUACUUUGUAACCAAAAGUGAUCAGGCACAACCUCAAGAGGAACAAUGUGUCAAGUUUUACAAAUUGUGUAAUAAACCAAAUGAUAGAAAUUCGAAUAAUUCUCCUAGAACAAGUAAUAAAUUUAAAACACCGGGUGGAGUAACUAAAGUAUAUAAAAAGGUACCUGUCCAUGUUCCCCGGUGGAUGCAAACCCAGAAAACGAAUCUCUCCCAACCCAAAAGUAGAUUUUCAAAUUUAAAUGGUAACACAAGAUCAACUUUAUCAGAAGUUUUUAAUUUAGAUGAAAAGAGAAAUUAUCAAGAGUUAAUCAGAAAGUUCUCUGAUACUACAACACCUGUGUCAAUAAGAAAGCCCAGAGAUAUUAUUGAAAUUGCUGAAGAUGCUGCCUCAUUACGAGAAACACAGAGAUUACAAAAGAGUUCACUAAAUGAGAUAAAAUUAAUGGAAAGGAGUAUGAGUAUGAAUAAAGGAAAAGACAUGGGGAAUGAAUAUGAUCCAAUCACGGUGGCAUCAAUCAAUUCUUCUGAUUCAGAAAUAGAAAUAAUUCCAUCAGAUUCUUCCACUACUUCUUCUGUUAAAAUAGACCCAAUAAAUACCUUAAGGGAGUCAUUAAGAGACAGUGCUGUCACAUCUCGGGAUUGGCUCACAAAAUUAGACUCUAAGUAUAAAAAGAAGAAACAGGAAACCCAAGCUAAGUUAAAAGAUGCUCAUCGAGAGUCAGACAUUAUUUCAAAAGUUAAUUAUGAACAGAAAUUAGCACAAUUAGAGCAUAAAUUGAAGUAUGAAUUAAGUAUACCAGAAAGUCUCAUAGAGGAAGUACCACCUACUGUGGAGUUACCUCCUCUAACUCCAGAACAAGAAAAAUUAAUCAAAAGAGCUUUAGGUCCUGGACCUCCUGGACAGCUUUUAGUGGAGAAAUUUAAUUUACGGAUACAUAGGCGUGAUCUACAAACAUUAUCAGGAUUAAACUGGUUAAAUGAUGAAAUUAUAAAUUUCUAUAUGAAUUUGCUUAUGCAAAGAAGUGAGGAACAGAAAGAUCUGCCAAAGGUGUAUGCCACAAACACAUUCUUCUAUCCUAAGCUUAUGCAAAGCGGACAAGCCGGCCUUCGCAGGUGGACUAGAAAGGUAGAUAUAUUCGCGCACGACAUAAUGGUGGUGCCAGUACACCUCGGUGUCCAUUGGUGCCUCAGUCUCAUCGACUUCCGGCGGAAGAAAAUAUCCUACCUGGACAGCAUGGGCAGCUCCAAUCAACCCUGCCUCCAAGCAUUGCUACAGUACCUGCACGAUGAGCACCGAGAUAAAAAAGGACAACCUUUUGAUGAUAGCGGCUGGACCACAGAGAAUCUUAAGGACAUUCCGCAACAGAUGAACGGCAGCGACUGCGGCAUGUUCGCGUGCACGUUCGCCGAGUUCAGCUGCCGCGACGCGCCCUACUCGUUCUCGCAGGCGCACAUGCCCUACCUGCGCCGCAAGGCCGCGCUCGAGGUGCUGCAGGCGCGCCUGCUGUUGUAGCCGCCCCCCUCGCACCUGUACUCCGUCGCACCUCCAUCUGACUUACUUCCUCAUCUGCUUCGAACAGAGUACUUAAAUGAUAGGUAUUAGACUUGUUUGUAGCUACCAUGUCCGCGUGGCCAAUCUCUAUGUUCUAAAGUAAUAAUGGACUAUCUCGAACUGUCAUUGCUUCAGUCAAAUACUUUAAAAGAGGUGUAUUCACAAGUAGUAAUUAUAAUUUUAUAAAGAAUCCUGCCUCCGUUAUUCCUAAAGAUCCACAUAGAAUUUUCUUAUUUAUUUUUAAGUCUGUAUUAAGUUGUAUGAAUGAUAGCAUUGUUCGAGUGAAGUGGUGGUAUAUUAUUAUUUUAGUGAAAUUACUGACUGAUUUUUAUAUUGAGCAUAAGGAUUCUUUCACACUGACAUUGUAAUAAUGUGUUGCCAUAAUUGUAAAUGUAAAAACGAUACAAUCCCCACAAUUUAUUUAUUUUAUUAAAAAUACUUGAUGGAACGCAUUCAACAUCCAUCAUAAACAUUUAAUUUUCUGAAGAAUAAACAGAGUAGAUAAAACUUAUGUAACAAACUUGAAUUAGUUUGCGUCAUGUAACUUGCCGCCCAAGCAGUACAGUCUUGUAAAAAGUAUCAGCAUUCGAAAAAUAUUUCAUUAUAUUUACAGAUAACAUAAUGAUAUAAAAAUAAAUAAUGUAAUUAUUAACUACCUGGAUUUCUUAUUUAUAAAAAAAACAACCUAAAGCAUUUUUUGCCAUCAACCAUGGAGCAAGUAAAGCUACUUAUUUUAACCACUAACACAAAAUCAACAAAUUAAAAACCACACUUCUACCAUCGACUGUCUACUGUACUGAGCAAGAAGGCCGCAGGCAGCUAUCCAAAGAAAUAACCAACUGAAACAAGAGAAGUGAGACCAGGAUCCAAUUCAGUUUGGCAUUUGCAUAUGAUUUUUGUUCUAAUUUUCUAACAUGAUCAAAGUCAGUGUGAUAGAAGCCAGCAACAAAGUCAGUCUUAAUUUACCCACACCACAUCAUCAUUGGUGCGGGAUCUGUGUGUAUACCUAACUAUUCCAAUCAGACUUGUUUGUGCUAUACUAAAACAUGAACAACAAUUAUUAAAAAUCAAGACUGAUUAGAAUGUUAGACGGAUAUUUCUUAGCUAUAAAUGUAUAAUUUAGCUGUAUAUAAUUUUCUUUGAACGACAAUUGAAUUUCCAUUAGUAAAACGAUAUACAUUACAACAUAUAUGUUUUUUGUGAUUUGGUUAAGCAUUUAUGGUUUUGACUCAUAGAUGUUGUUUAGGGGUUGAUUAAAAAACAAGUUCUUCUUUCUAAUGUCAAAUCAAUGAUGAAAAAAUGAGACAAAUCAAUCUUUAUAAGUAAGGCUGUUAGUAUUCAUUAAAAGUGAGGUAACAUAACUCAUAUUAUUAUUUUAUCUUAGAUGCUUCUUAUUUAUGUAAAGAUAUAAUAAAGCUAAUGAGCCAGCUUGAAUUUUUUUUGUUUUGAUUAUAAAUAUUUACUAAAACUGCAUUUAUGAGUUAGUCUAUUGUAUUAUAUGAAACUGAAAUUUAGUGUUAGUAAAUAAAAUAUUGAUGUAUGUCAAGUAAUUUUUUGUGGAAAUUACAUAAGUCAUGAAUAAACAUUAAUCUGUAAUUACUAUGAAAUUAAAUAUCGAAUAAUAUAUGAUGUAGUCAUAGUAUACGACGUUGAAAAUUCGACGAAAAAUUCUCAGUUGAAUUGAGAAAAUACACUCCCGAACACGAAAUCCAUGACAGAAAGUUUUAUUUAUUUACAAAUAUUAAUGGGCGGGCGAUUUUAUCUUUAAUAGAAAAAAAUAAUAUUAUACAGAGCCGGAGCUGAACUGUUCAUGCAUGUAUGUUUUUUAAAAUGUACUCAAGUAAGAAAAAAAUAUAUCAUUAAAGUCUACAUAAGUUCAUUAACAAUUUAAGGUUCAUUGUUAAACUAAGAUAAUAAACCGUAACAUACUUAAGGAAGGAGGAUAGAAGGAAGAAUUCCCUAUAAUGACUGUUUGUAUUUUCAUUUAAAGCAUAAAAGGUAAUGUAACAGCAAGAAUCACAACAUUACCACAAGAUUUUUUCAUAAUUAUGUGCAAGGCUUAUGCAUUCAAUCAUUCGAUUUAUGUAUGAUCAAACAUUUUUAAAUCAAACUUGUAUGAAAUUAUCAGUAAAAUAUUUUCAAUCUACUUAGGUUAAGAAUUGAAUUUAACGAAUAUCUCAUAAUAGUCAACGAUAACGUGUUAAAAACAUUAAAGGUAAAUUUUUCUAAUUUAAAAUUUAUGUGAUAUGAAAUAUAUUACUAAUUAAAUCAAAGAACUGUAAUGACUGUAUCUGCUGGACAGGUUCGAAAUACAUUGAUGUUUAAGAAAUAUGUCAUGUCAUUUUUCUAAUUAUUAAGUUCUUUCUGUCAUGGUUUGUAGAAUUGUAGAAACGAUGUAAAAUAUUAAUAUUUAAUAAAACAAAAUUGUUUUGUUUCCAAUCUGUUA